GCCGGGCAGGUUGUCCCCGCCGGGCCCUCCUCCCUCCCUCCCCGCCUGGCUGAGAGGGGUCGGGGGAGGGGGCAGCAUGGCCUGUCCGUCCGGCCCCUUUUCCAGCGCUCAUCUGCCCCGGGAGUGCGGCUCUGCUCCUCGCAGGGAGAAGAGGUCCGAAUGGAGACAGAAGCCAGCCAGCCCGGCCUCGCCUCCCCGGACUCCCCGCACGAUCCCUGCAAAAUGUUCAUCGGGGGACUGAGCUGGCAAACCACGCAAGAGGGCUUGAGAGAAUACUUCAGCCAGUUCGGGGAGGUGAAGGAGUGUCUGGUGAUGCGGGACCCGCUGACAAAGAGAUCCAGGGGGUUCGGGUUUGUCACAUUCAUGGACCAGGCCGGUGUGGACAAGGUUCUGGCCCAAUCCAGACAUGAACUGGACUCCAAGACGAUCGACCCAAAAGUAGCAUUCCCCCGCCGAGCACAGCCCAAGAUGGUAACGCGGACGAAGAAGAUAUUUGUGGGGGGUCUCUCUGUGAACACUACCGUGGAGGAUGUGAAACAGUAUUUUGAGCAGUUUGGGAAGGUGGAUGAUGCUAUGCUGAUGUUUGACAAGACAACCAACCGACACCGAGGGUUUGGAUUUGUCACAUUUGAGAGUGAAGAUAUUGUGGAGAAGGUGUGUGAGAUCCACUUCCAUGAGAUCAAUAACAAAAUGGUGGAAUGUAAAAAAGCUCAGCCAAAGGAAGUGAUGUCCCCCACUGGCUCUGCGAGAGGGCGGUCCCGAGUGAUGCCUUAUGGGAUGGAUGCCUUCAUGCUUGGGAUUGGCAUGCUGGGUUAUCCAGGUUUCCAAGCUGCCACUUAUGCCAGUCGGAGUUACACGGGCCUUGCGCCUGGCUACACUUAUCAGUUUCCCGAAUUCCGUGUAGAGCGGACCCCUCUCCCGAGUGCCCCCGUCCUCCCCGAGCUCACAGCAAUUCCCCUUACUGCAUAUGGACCGAUGGCGGCAGCAGCGGCGGCAGCAGCUGUAGUGCGAGGGACAGUUUUGCUUCCUCCCUUAGGUUCUACUCCAAGCCGCACUGGUGGGUUUCUGGGCACUACCAGUCCUGGGCCAAUGGCAGAGCUUUACGGAGCAGCCAAUCAGGAUUCAGGGGUCAGCAGUUACAUCAGUGCUGCGAGUCCAGCUCCAAGUACUGGCUUUGGUCACAGCCUAGGGGGUCCCUUGAUUGCAACGGCUUUUACCAAUGGGUACCACUGAAGCUAGCGACCAAGGAGGCAGGAGAUUCCCCAGUGACCUAACCAAGGACAGCGGGCUGGAGGAUCUGGUGAGCCUUGGAGGAUGAGCCAAGGUUUCCUUUUUAUUGAAUAAAACUGCACACUGCCGGCUGGCUGCCAGGCUCCUGCUGACCUGCCCUGAUCUCUCCCAUUGAACAGACCACACUGGACUGAACCCAAGGAGAUCAUCUCGCUUUCUUACUAACCACCGAUGGUUUACGCUUCUCCCUCCCCCAACCCACCGAUUCUUCUUUAUUUAUUUUAUUAGCUGGUAGUUUUAUUUUUUAUUUUAUUUUUUUAUCUUUAUUUUUUGGGGGGGUGACCCUCUUUUUCAUUGUUUGCUCUUUCCUGAGCUAGUAGACAUAUUUUAUGAAUUGGCUUUGUGAUCGUGUUAGGUAGUUUUUAAUGAGUAUUUUUAUUUGGCUUUGAAAUUGUUUUGAAUCUUUUCAACUCUGUUGUUGUCAACAUUUUUAAAGGACAGUAUGUGAUGUGAAUGCAGUUCUGAAGGGAAGAGAGACACAGAGAGAGAGAACGCUGAGCAGAACUGACGCUUUUUUUUUUUCUUUUCUUUUUUUUUUUUUUU